AUGUAUAUUGAUGUGUUUCUUUGCUCAUGGCAGAAUCUGGUGAUUAUUCUUGUUCCAACUAUAGCAAGUGCAUUACUAUUCUCUCUAGUACUAUUUGGGGUCAUUUCAUGGUUCCGACGAGAUAAAGAUACCAAACGAUCACACCCAAAAAGGGGACCCAAACCACCAUUUGAAAACCCGUGGGAUUACGACGGGAAGAUAGUAUAUGAUGACAUAAUCGAAGCAGCGGAGCAUUUCAAUGACAAGUACUGCAUCGGAGCAGGAGGGUCAGGAAAAGUUUACAAAGUCGAAAUGUCGACUGGUGAUAUCUUUGCAGUGAAGAAGCUCAACUUUUGGGACAGUGAUAUGGGGAUGGAGAACUUGAAGAGUUUCAAAAGUGAAGUAGCGACACUAACCGAGAUCCGUCAUCGAAACAUAGUUAAGCUUCAUGGAUUUUGCUCGAGAGGCGAACACACGUUUUUGGUAUACGAUUUCAUCGAAAGAGGGUGCUUAUGGGAAGUUUUGAGAAAUGAAGAGGACGCGAAAGAGGUUGAUUGGGUGAAGAGAGUUGAGAUAGUGAAGGGUGUGGCUGAGGCUUUGUGUUAUUUGCAUCACGACUGUGUUCCAGCGAUCGUCCACCGUGACGUGACAGCGAAGAAUGUCUUGCUGGAUGUGGAUUUUGAAGCUCACGUGGCGGAUUUUGGGACUGCAAGGUUUUUGAAGUUUGAUGCUUUGCAUUCCACUGCUGUUGUUGGCACUCAUGGCUACAUGGCACCAGAGCUCGCAUACACGAACAAGGCGACAGAAAAGUGUGACGUUUAUAGCUUUGGAGUGGUGAGUUUGGAAGUAUUGAUGGGAAGACAUCCAGGAGAAGCCCUUCUAUCUCUACAAAGUUCCCCGCAAAAGGGUAUUGAGAUGAAAGAAUUGUUGGAUCCUCGGCUUGCAUACCCUCGAACAGGAAAGGUUUUAAGUGAAUUGAGUUCACUUGUGAGUAUAGCGAUAUCUUGUGUGCAGGCUGAGCCUCAGUUACGCCCCACUAUGUAUUCUGUCUGCCAUCAGAUGGGAUUGCAUUGAGAAAAAGUGCCUUUAUUAGAGAGGAGUUAGUUUGAAAGAAAAUCAUCCUUUAAGUUAUUGGUUCUUCUAAAUUGACAAUUAUAAUAAUAUUGUAUUGUUUGAGUU